UAUUUUCAUUUUCACGUACAUACAUGGGUGCCCAAGUCUAAAGGAUUCCCUCACCCCGUCAAAAACACAAAAACCACUAUCACUUCGCUUCACAAAACAUUGCUAUCAUCCGCGAAGAAGAAAAAGACGCCACUACUCUAGUCUCUAGUCUAGUCAAACAAAACCACACCCCCAUCGUCUCUCUCCUUCUCUCUCUCUCUCUCUCUCUAUAGUACUUGUAUUAUUAUUGAGAGAGGACAGAGAGAGAGAGAGAGAACAAACAAGUACUAUAGAGAAAGAGAGAGAGAGAGAGAGAGAGGAGAUGGGGAGGGGGAGAGUGCAGUUGAAGAGGAUAGAGAACAAGAUCAACCGCCAAGUGACGUUCUCCAAGCGCCGCUCCGGGCUGCUCAAGAAAGCGCAGGAGAUCUCCGUCCUCUGCGAUGCCGAGGUGGCGCUCAUCGUCUUCUCCACCAAAGGGAAGCUCUUCGAGUACGCCUCCGAUUCCUGCAUGGAAAGGAUUCUUGAACGAUAUGAGAGAUACUCGUAUGCAGAAAGGCAGCUUAUUCCCGCUGAUCUCCAAACUCAGGGAAGCUGGACUCUAGAACAUGCAAAGCUCAAGGCCAGGCUGGAGGUUCUUCAAAGAAACCAAAGGCAUUAUAUGGGAGAGGACCUCGAUAACUUGAGUCUGAGAGAGCUUCAGAAUUUGGAGCACCAACUUGACACUGCUCUCAAACAUAUAAGGUCAAAAAAGAACCAACUUAUGCAUGAAUCCAUCUCUGAGCUUCACAAAAAGGAUAAGGCAUUGCAGGAGCAAAAUAACUUGCUUGCAAAGAAGAUUAAGGAAAGGGAGAAGGCACAGGCCCAAGAGGCUCAAUUGGAGCAGCAGAACAAUGACCUAAUGAUUUCUUCUCUUGGUGCUAUGCCACAGCUGCUGCACCCUUUCAACAAUAUUGGUGGAGCUAAUUACCAGGAAGACGGAGGCAUUGGAGUGGUCGAAGGAGCUCCGAUCCAAAAUCAAAACACUCAAAUGAUGCCACCCUGGAUGUUUCGGCACACAAACGGUUAGAACAAGGCACCGUAUCCUCCAGCUGCUGUGUACGUAGCUUCGAUGUCCUUAUAGCAUGUAUACGGGCCAAUAUAUCCAGUUUGAUGUCUCAUGCAGAAAUAUAGCUGCAUGGAGCUAUCCCUAAUUGUCUGGUUUGGAAUUUUUAAAGGGACAAGAAAUUGCCAAUGUUUUUAAGCGUUACUACUCAUAGCCUGCUUGUAUCGAUUCAGAAACACACAAAGGUGUGGAGGGAAUUUGGACACUGAAGCCAAAACUCAAGUAUUGAAUGGUACUUAUGUACAUAAAUAUAUAUAUAGCCUUUGAGUGUUGUAA